UGAGAAGCGCAAGGUUCCGCAUCACCCUACACGCGAGCCAGUAGAGCACUUUUGUUCCACGGAUGUGGUCCCUCUGCCGCAGUGGCCGACAGCUGAAAGGUUCCGCGAGAGCCGGUCCGUGCGCCUCUUUUCAGCCUUUAAACAUGUCUGCUGCGCAGGACGGCGAGGCGGGAGCGCUGCCCUGCGUCCUCAUUACCAGCUGCGACGGCCAGUUUGAAGAAGAAGAGCUCAUUAAACAGAUCCUCGGUGUAGCCACCUUGCCAGAGCCCUCCAAGCAGCAGGGGGUGGUGCGCUGGUAUCCGUGGACCAUCAACAACAAGUACUACACCGCGGACGUCGGCCUGUGCGUGGUGCCGAGCCCCUUCGAGGUGACGGCAGAGGUCGCCCGUUCGCUGCAGGCCUUCAUCGUCUAUUUCGACAGCGCGGAGAGCAGGGGUCUGGACAGCGUGGGCCCCUGGCUGGCUGUGGUGGAGGAGCUGGCUCCGGAGGUGCUUAUCCUGGUGUGCGACCGCGUGCACGACAACGGAGUGAGUCGACAGCAGGCGCAGCAGUGGUGUCUGGCCCAUGCCUUCGAACUGGUGGAGCUCAACCCCGAGGACCUGCCGGACGAGGACGAUGAUUUUCCAGAGUCGACGGGAGUGAAGAGGAUCGUCCAAGCGCUCAACGCAAACGUGUGGUCAAGCGUGGAGAUGAAGGACGAGCACAACCAGGGGUUUGGUCUGAUGAGCAGCCUGGUGGCAUCCCGACACAACAACCCUCGUCCCAAGCAGGAUUCUAACAAUAAUUCUUCACCAUGCUGCUUGCAGUCCCCACCAUUGCCAGUAGAGGGAGGAGACGAUGGCAGAGAGGAGGAAAACACCGAAAUGGCUGCCAACGGCGAUACGGGGGUCAACGCGCUGGACCCCAUGACAGACAUCGACAUCCAGGAGCUAGCCAGCCUCACCAAUGGCGAUGCAGAUGCUGAAAAUUUUGAGCGACUCUUCACAAAGCUGAAGGAGAUGAAAGACAAAGCAUCGUCGUUACCUCACGAAGAGCGGAAAGUUCACGCAGAAAAGGUUGCUAAAGCUUUCUGGAUGGCGAUUGGGGGUGACCAAGAUGAGAUCGAAGGACUGUCCUCAGGGGAGGAAAGCUAACACUCAGCCCCCAGCUGCCUCCAUUCCUUCUACUCUUCUGCUGUCAGCUGAUGAGUCCCUUUCCCUACACCCCCCGUGGAGCUGGGGUGAUGAAGAGGAGACUAGUAGGAGGUGAAGAGGCCCUUUGUGUCUGUUAUACUUCUGUCUCUCCACUGCCACCUUAGGCCAUCAAAUCCAUAGUUGAAGGACAGUGACUAUCAAACAUGUAAUUGAACCAGUGGCUCCCUCGUAUCUGCAAGGUGUAAUACCACGUUAACCUAAACUAUCAUCCCAAAUAAGGUCAGAUGUUAUGUGCUUAGUUUGAGAUUGUCCUUCACAGUGGACUCAAAGCAAGACAAUGCAUAAAUAUGCCCACCUUUUCCAGUAUAUUACUGCAUAUAUACCCGUUUGACUUUGGUUUACAUUUUGUAGAUGUUCAGGAAGUUUUUCAGAUGCCUGCAAAGAUUGGGGGGGGCACGAAAGGAAACAAGCAGUACUUCUGUAAUCGUUUCUACCAGCCUGUGUAUGCCUAUGUUGGAAAACACUUCUGGCAACAGUUCUGAGUUAGUUGUUUAAUUAAAAAAAAAAAAAAAA